GAAUUCCUGCACUGGGAGAAGAGCAGAGGUCAGUCUGUGCCUCUCCAGCUCUCAGGCUAUUGGCUGGAUUGAGGCCAUAGACUGGAUCCGCCCAAAAUCACUAACUCAUGGGGACAAAACCCAAGUAUUCGUAAAUUUGUUCUCUCUAUAACGUCCGUGCACUUCCAUUGAAAACCACCGAGUAGCCGAUUGAGCGCAGCCACAGGAAGACGCAGACAUGUUGAAGGUUCUGUCUCGCGUGCACGGUUCACGUGUGGCCAGAGGAGCAGACGGUUGGAAUGGUAUUGAUUCCACGGCCAGAUUUCACCGGCCAAGUGGUGUGUUAUGUCAGAAGUCAGCCGUGCAGCCCAACGUCCCCGACCUGCCUGAGAUGCCACGCUGUGACUUCAAACCUCAGCCAUACCAGGGCAUGAGCGCGGCCCAGAUGCUGCACAUCAGGCAGCAGAACUGCAACCCCAUGACCAUGAAGGUGACGUCCUACAAGAAGCCCGUGUUCGUCCAGCAGGGCCACAUGCAGUGGCUAUGGGACGUGGACGGCAAGCGCUACCUCGACCUCUUUGCCGGAGUGGCUACCGUCAGCGUGGGACACUGUCACCCGAAAGUGACGGAAGCGGCAGAGAAACAGCUAAGGCAACUGUGGCACACGACAAACAUCUACGUCUACCCAACCAUCCACGAAUAUGUGGAGAAGUUGGUGGCCCUUCUACCAGAGCCACUGAAGGUGGUGUACAUUACAAACAGCGGAUCAGAGGCAAAUGAUUUGGCCAUGCUGAUGGCGAGGCUGCACACUGGCAACUUUGACAUCCUCACAUUCAGAGGGUCAUACCAUGGUGGUAGUCCUCAAUCAUUGGGCCUGACUUCAAACAGUUCAUACAAGUACCCUGUGGCUGGGGGCCUGGGCUGCCAUAAUACAAUGUGCCCUGAUGUCUUCAGGGGUCCAUGGGGAGGAGACCACUGCCGGGACUCCCCCAUCCAGACCUACCGUCCAUGCAGCUGCCCUGCAGACCGCUGUUUGGCCACUGAUAUGUACAUCAAUCAGCUGAAAGAAGUAUUUGCUACAAGUGUACCGAGUCGCAUCGCAGCUUUCUUUGGUGAACCCAUUCAGGGAGUUGGAGGGGCUGUGCAGUACCCUAAGGACUACUUGAAGGAGGCCUACAAGCUGGUGCGGGAGCGAGGAGGAGUGUGCAUCGCAGACGAGGUACAGACAGGUUUCGGGCGCACAGGAACUCACUACUGGGGAUUCCAAGGCCAUGACGUCAUUCCAGAUAUGGUUACCAUGGCGAAGGGCAUAGCCAACGGGUUCCCAAUGGGGGCGGUUGUCACAACACCAGAGAUUGCCAGCUCGUUCGGGAAAGGAGUUCACUUCAACACGUUCGGUGGCAAUCCUGUUGCCUGUGCCAUCGGUUCCUCCGUGCUCGAUGUUAUAGAGGAAGAUGGAACCCAGGAGAUCAGCCUCAGGGUUGGAACGUACAUCAUGGAGGAACUGGCCAAGAUGCGCGAGAAAUAUGAAGUCAUUGGCGACGUCCGUGGCAAAGGACUCAUGAUUGGCAUAGAAAUGGUUAAAGACAAGGCAAGCCGAGACCCACUUCCUCCAGCAGACAUGGCAGAGAUCUUUGAGGACGUCAGAGACAUGGGGGUGCUGAUCGGCAAGGGAGGCGUGUACGGACAGACCUUUAGGGUUAAGCCUCCCAUGUGCAUCACUAAAGAGGAUGCUGACUAUUUCCUUGCGGUCUUCAACCAAGCCAUGAUCAAUUACACGGAGAGGAGAUGAGACCUCCGAGAAACGUCCGUGUGCUGUGCGCACACACACAAGCACACUCCAUCAUCACACACACACACACACACACACACAAACACACCGAUCAAUGCUGUUUAUAGCACGUGGUGCUGUGAAACCUCAGUAUAUUAGUGAGAGAUGUACUGUGCAUGAGCCAGAUAUCCGUGCUGUCUUGAGAAGUUAUUUCCAUACUGAUAUAACCAUCAGACAUAUCUUAUGCAGGUUUCUAUAAUGGCUCAAUGCCUCUUGGAAAAAAGGGUCAAAAUGUCAAAUCUGCCUCUACAAUGUGGGUUACAAAUGUUGAUCCAUAAUCAGUAUUCAUCUAUAUACAGUAUUUUGUUUAGGAUUAAUGUAGUAAUAGAGAUGUCAAUAAUGUUGUUAAAUAACAUUAAUAUAUAAAAUAAUUUAUUUAAAAUAUUUUUAUAAUUUCAUAUAUUUUUCCCCGCUAUCCCAAAGGGCAACCCUUACCAGCAUAACGCUUCUGUUUUUGUACAAGCUAACAGCACACACCAAACUUAUUACAUAAAUACAUUAGAGCGGUGACAUCAAUAGCUCCUACAGGUGGAGUCCAAGUCAGAGUGCUGCCAAUAUAGAGCGAGAGUAAUGGCUUCGGCUGUUAAAGGUCUCAGUCAGUGGCCUGUCAUUUUUCAAAUUCCCCUGUUUUCGUUCGCUCUCAAGCUGUGGAUUUUCCAUCUGUAAUGAGUCUUAAGGUGCCUUUAAUUUGGAAAAGCACUAUGUUCACUUUAUACCUUAAAAUCUCCAAGCAGGUGGAAAAUAAUGCCUUAUAAACCCACUAAUGAAUUUUAAUCCAAGGCAAAAGAGCAAGUUAUUGUUUUUGUUAAAUCGGCUUGAUCAGUGUUAAAUUGAUUAACCACAACAUAGGUGUUUUUAAAAAUUGUGACUGAAAUAUCAGAGCUUACCAAAACGCACCAGGCAUGUUUUUUUUAUCUUGACAGCCAUGUUUGGUCUUCUUAACAUGUACAGAAUGUGAACACUUCUCUACCAGGUACCUUGAGCUGCAGCCGAACAAGUAGCAUAUCAAGUUACCAUUUGGAGUACACAGUGUAUGUAUUGAAUUUGAUUAAAAAAUUCAUAAUUUUUA